AUGUCACACCUACCCCUUCAGCUGAGAGUUGGUGCUCUGCUGAUAGGAGCCACAGCGGGCUAUGGCUUUUGUGUGGACAUUCUUAAAGACUACGGGAUUAAUCUUGCAGGUUAUUUUGAUGAGGUACUGAGCCCUCGGCGAGCCUCGGUUGAGGUUUGGCGGACAACUCGCAACUUAGCGUUGGUAUGGGCAGUUGGGUUCACACUGACUCAAUUGGAAGAAAAACUAUUUGAAAACGCUGCAAGUAUUGUGUGCUGGAUCAGUUUAUUGACGAUUAUGGCAAUUUUAUUCAGACAUGCACGGUUUAGGCGCGUUUUCGGGCGCGUUCUUAUCGGCGGUCUAAGUGAAGAAUACAGACUGGGCGAUAUCCUUGUGAGCGACUCACUAGUGUCGUUGGCUCCCGUUUUGCUUGAUGUUGCUCUGGCGGUCGCUAUGCAGGUGAAUCAUACCAAAGUUACGGAAAUAGACCGGGGUCUUGCUGGCCAGCCCGUGCUAUUAGUGGCCAGUUUACCCCUUGGUGUCCGCAUCAAGCAGUGCUUUUUAGACUACCGCCGAACUAGAAACGCACAGCACCUUGUCAAUCUGGGCAAAUAUUUUGUGAGCAACAUCCCCAAUGUGCUCAAGAUUCAUGCUUUGACUUCACCGUCUGCUAAGCAGUAUUUGCCCAUUGCCUUAGCGGUGAGUUCUGUUUACAGCUUGAUCUGGGACUUGAAAAUUGACUGGGGUCUUGGAAGAAAAAACCGAGCAUAUUAUUUCGAUAUGAAGUGGUACUAUUUGGCCUCAGUUCUCGAUAUAAUUCUCCGCUUCGCCUGGAUAGCUAGCCGGCCUUAUGAGCAUAUUAUUCUCCUCCUCCAGGUCCUCGAGCUAUUCAGAAGAUGGGUAUGGAUCUUUUUUAGAGUUGAAAGCGAGUGGACGCCAAGAAAUGAUUUACCAAUGCAGGAGUUAUAG